CUUCUCAUUCUCAAGUUUCCCCAGCCACUAAAUUUAGAAAAAAAUGCUUCAUCAAGAAGAUUCAGUGACGGCUCCUCCCAUCACGAAGAGCCCCCAACUGUUGGAUGAUCAUGAAGAUGGAGGAGAUGAUAGAGAAAGGAUAAGAUCAUCUUGGGUUCAAAAAGUGAUCAACUUAGAAGAAUCCAAGGCUCAAAUCAUUUACGCUCUGCCAGUGAUAUUCACAAAUCUCUUCAUUUAUUGCAUCCCUUUAACAUCUGUGAUGUUUGCUUCUCACCUGGGCCAACUCGAGCUCGCUGGUGCAACACUCGCCAAUUCAUGGGCCACCGUCACCGGUGUUACCUUCAUGAUAGGGUUAAGUGGAGCACUUGAGACAUUAUGUGGACAAGGCUUUGGUGCAGAAAACUACAGAAUGUUGGGGCUUCAUCUAUUGCAUUGUCUCAUUAGUCUUCGCUAUAUUCAUCUCCAUCUUCUGGUUCUACACAGAAUCCGUUCUCCGACUUUUUUUUUUUUUUUUUUUUUCUGCUAA